UUUUUUUUUUUUUUUUUUUUUUUUUUUUUUUUUUUUUUUUUUUUUUUUUUUUUUUUUUUUUUUUUUUUUUUUUUUUUUUUUUUUUUUUUUUUUUUUUUUUUUUUUUUUUUUUUUUUUUUUUUUUUUUGGGGGGGGGGGGCCCCCCCCCCCCCCCCCCCCCAAGGAACGUCAGCUCUGGCGACUAGUCACUAUGUUCAUUAGACUCUGCGUAUACCUAGGAGGAAGAAAAUUUUUCACAUUUUUGCCCAAUAGGUCAACGCUGACGAGCUUUUUCUAUGCUUUCUAAUACAUACAUUUUAUUUGCUGUUAUUGUUUAGAUGAAGCUGAUUUGAAUGAAUUACGUUCCAAAACAGUUGUCGAUGUUAAUUUGGAUCCAUCACAUUUCUUCCGAAACGAAUUAGCACAAGCCAUACGUGACAUAAGAAAUGAAUUUGAAGCAUUGAAUGAUCAACAACGUGCAGAUUUACAUAAUCGUUAUAUGAUGUCUUAUAACGAAUUGAUUCUUCGUCAUCAAAAACCUGACUUAGACCCAAUUCAAAGUGAACAACAACGUGUACAAGAAGAAAAAUUACGAACAACAUUAUUAUCGACACGAAAUGAAGUCGCACAUAUGAAAGCAAGAAAUGAAGAAUUAAAUAACAGAAUUCGAGAAUUACAAGUACAUAUUGAUCAAGAACGUGAUGACGGUUUACGUAUUGUUCAAAAACGAGCCUCAGAAAUUGACGAAUUACGACGUAAAUUAGAACAACUUCAAAAGGAAUACGAUGAAGUAACAACAAUGAAAACAUCACUCGAAAAAGAAAUCAACACUUAUCGAGAACUAUUAGAAGGAACAAAUAAUCGUGAAGGUUUGAAACAAAUUGUUGAUCAUGUUGUUGAAGAAGCACGACGUUUGGAAUCGGAGAGAGUGACGGGAGGUGGUAGUUCAACACAUGUGUCGGGUUCAAUUGGUUACGGUACUGGAAGAUCUCAAUCAUCAAUUCAACGUACAUUUAUCAGCACUCAAAGUUCGGGAGUAUCAACAGGUGGAUCGACUUCACGUCGUGAAUAUGUAUCAGGAUCUCAACAGUAUUAA